CGCGUCUGGGAUCCUGUAGGAAGUUCCGAGACGACUUAGCUAUUUCCACCUUCCACUCUGUGAUGAUAUUCCAAACUUUGUUGGCUCCGUCGGAAGAUGAUGCCAUCUCUGCUAUUUAUUCAUUUGCUAUUUAUUUAUUAAGGGAUGGCCUCCUCUAAAUCUGCACCAAGCAUCCAAGCCCUUCAUUUUUGCCUACACACAGGUCUAGGUGUCGUGUUGUUGGUGAAUCGUGAAUCUCAUGAUUGAAAUGACCACGCGUGGAAUAUAAUUGGCAUAACCGGCUCUCUCCAGAAUCAAUUCGUCAAGAUGAACGCGCCUACUAUGUUGGGGGAUCAGGAAUUGAAGUUUCCAAUAUUAUCUCGCCCCCGAUCGACUUCGAACAUGUUCCAAGCUGUUGAAAGCUCUUCAAGGAAUGAGCCGAAAGCAAAGCCACAGGAACAUCCGCUCUCAUAUAUUCCCCAUUAUCUACUUUCAGGGGAAGCGGCCCAGCAUGGCCACUCUUCCCGUCUAAGAUCGCAUUCCUCACCCAGCGCGCCUCUACGAGAAACACCCCGCUGCCAAUCUGAGCAAUCAGAAACAGCCUCGUCAAGAAUAGCUAGGACGCGUCCACUUGCGAUGGGCCACGGAACCUUGCUUGGCGCGAGGCGGCGUUUAGAGGUCAAUACAAAGGAUCUCACUCAGUCAAGUCUAGCAGCCUCUCAAGAUCAGUCGCUGCCCGAAUCACCAGGAUUUCCUAAUAUGUUAGCAGCGAUGAGCUUCCCUAUCCCGCCUACAACAUCAAGACCGUCUACCGCGGAUGCAUUUAUGGGUUCUAUGACACGCUAUCAAUCGAGUAUUACCACUCCCCCGAUAGUACGACCUCGUUCGUCGAGUAAGCGCGCAACGAGCUCCAAUGGGAUACUUACGGCUUCACUAGAUGAGCUAAUAAUGCAGCGCACUAUACCACCCCAUCGACAUAGUGAUCCUGGUGAAACUUCUCAUGCCUCUUCUAAGCCAGAAAGACUUGUGAUAAAUACCACCAUGACUAGAAGCUCAAGGUCAGCUACAGUAGGUGAAGCGGGGGAGUUGCUAGCAAUGGGCAACCUCAGACCCAGGGCUUCCUCAGCUGCAUCUUCCACGCGUGUGGGUCACGAUUCACAGACUGUUAUGACGAAUGACAAUGGGGGAGAAUCCCUCCGAAACAAUAUAAAGGUAGUGUCGAGUUUGCCUCAGGGGUUGCCUGGCAAGAAUGAGCCAUACAAUCUCCCAAUAGGGAUUGCCAUCAGCAGCCCCAGAGAUAUUGCACCUGGUGUAAAUAAACCAUUAUCGGCGUCGGAAGGAGCAACGAGUCAACAUCCUACUCAUACAGUUCCAAUUAUCAGUCUUACUUUACCAUCACCUUACGAAGAGAAAGAUCCUAAUAGACGGGAUCUGACACCGAAAUGCUUCCAACAAGAUUCAGAUAAGACUGUUCCGAGCAAGCCAAUGUUGACCUCUACCAGCCAUGAUACAACUCUUUUUGACUCGACUAUACCAUUAAUCCUCAACAACGAUGAUUCGAAAGAUUCUCCUAUUCUCGGGCGGUUCCUGGGUAAUUCCCCUGCUACAAGGAGAUUUCCAUCGAGGUCGUCAUCCCGAACACGUGAGGAUCAAUCAGUCUCUAUACAGAGCGAGGUGGCACAAAUUACCCCCAGCGGAACCAUGGAAAAUGUUUCGCCUACAUUAACGACAGUAGGUCCAGAAAACAACUGGAACCUUUCUUAUAUCAUGACAACGGAGAUUACACCAAUGACUACCAAUGACAUUACCAUGACGCCAAUCAUGGUCGUGGCUAAUAUAAACCCUCAACCAGCCCCGACAUCAUCAGUUCCAUCUUUAAACACCGGUCUUCCAUCUUCGAGGCCUCCGUUCAAUAAGUUGAGGAUUAUGUCGAAACCACGUCAAAGGCCUAUGUCAAUGAUGAUUCAUAAGAGCGCUAUAUCCAGCCAUAGCGAGCACGCCCAAUUAGCUAUAGAUAAAUUCAGCCGUCAUAGCUUGACAGAUGUGCCAACACUACCGACAUCGCCUAGCAGCGACUCGCCAAACCGAAAUAGUCAUGCUACAGAAAUCACGCAGCGAAUUCAAUCCGGCGUAGCUGGAAAGCCGAUGCUCAAGUCGGAACCAACUAUAUACCAUGAGGAUAACCAAGAAAAGGUUAAUGACAAAGUGUGGCGGGCUGCAUCAACAAAGGAACGAUUGGAGAAGGCAAAGCUAGCCAGAGAAGAGGAGAUAUCGAGGCUGGUUGAGAAGAUGCUCGGCGUAGCUAAGGCCAAAGAAACAGACGAGAGGGAAGAUUUGCAGAAUUUGCAAAGGGAGAAUGCGGAGGAACAAAUCGAAAAACGAUUACAACGUCUUGAAGAGGAUGGAGAUGCAUGCCUUCGAGAUGUCAAAUCAGCAUUACAAAACAUGUCGAAAACUCUGAACGAACUACGAAAAGAAAGUAAUGGUAAAAGGUUAAUAAUGAACGAGUUUAAUGUAUAAUAUUUUAUAUUAUAUAACUUUUGAAAAAUUAAAAAUUAAUAUAUAAUAAUAUUGUCGGG